UCUUAUUGAUUAUUCUAUUUUUUCCUUACCGUGGCCUUAUCGACUAUGAUUAUUUACUGCUUUUAAUGUUUUAUUGUUAUUAAAAUGUCAUGUCUGUAUGUGAUAUCAAAAAUAUUGUCAGUCUAUUAAACUAUUUAUAAGUGGUAGUCACCUUCGCAUCAGAAUGGACCUGGAAAAUAAUUGUCUAAGUAAUAUACGCACAGUUUAAUUCAAAUGGCUUACUAUUAUUUGCGCCGUGUAACGUACUACAAAUGAAGAUCACUAUUUCUGGAAAGUAGUAAAAAUGGAACUUUCGUCAGGAGUGGCUCCAUGUACAGGCCUUUUGGGCUAUAGCUCAGGACCUCAUGAAUGUAUUGAGCCCCCAGCUUCCUUUGCAGACGUUAAACAACAGGAUAAUGGAGAAUAUUGUAAACUACAAGAUGAUGAGAUUCCGGCGGAAACAGAGGUCCUGACGAGUAAAUAUCAAGUACAAGAAAUGAAAAUGAAAAAACACAGAGAAAAAAGGAUAUUAAAACUCUUCAUAAGUCAUAUUCUAGACGAUUCAAAAAUUAAAUUAUCAAGUGAAAAGGAAAAUUAUUUUUGCAUGGGCCAAAUGAUUUUUAAAAAGGUGUACGUGAGAGGUAUCAUAACAAGCGUGAAUCUUAUCAAAAAUGGAACUCAUACCUUUUCAGUUGAUGAUGGUACUGGUACUCUUGAUUGUUUUUUAUUCAAAAAUACCCCAUUAGAAGAGCUGCGAAGCAAAACUCUAGAAUUAAUCGAAGAUAACACACAGCUUCUCCAACGAGAAUCCAAUCCAAUGCACAGAGCAUGCCUAAUGAUGUUGCAAAACACGAAAGCACAAUUUAAGGAGUUUAUACCCUAUAAAGAUUUCGCACUGGGAGACACUGUGGAACUAAUUGGGAAGUUAAACGAAUAUCUUACUAAGCGCAAUUGUGCUGUUCAAUCAAUCCAGAAGGUCGAUUCUAAUUUCAAUUCAUCUUAUUAUGAAGAUCUCGAUUAUCUGUAUAACACUGUCUAUUUAUGAGAUACAUUUAGUGGUAGGGCGGGCAGUAUGUGUAAACUGAAAGUAUUAUGUAUAAGUAUUAAAAGUGAUAUUCUUUGUAUUUUUA